GCGGAUGACGCAGCAGCAGCAGCGAAGAAGAAGGCAUAGGACGCCGAGCAGGCACGUCUGCUGGCACCUGAACAACAACGCCAGCAUGACGAGGCAGCAGCAAAGGCUGCCGAUGAAGAAAGAAUUCAACGUCGUGAUAAGAUAUUUGGCAUAGAGCAAACAUUGCUCACAAUGGCAGUGGAAUGGCGGACCGAGGCCGAGAAUGGCAAGCUGGAGGAUAGUGAAAACAAGAUCGCUCUCCUCAUCUCCCAUCUCACAGACCUCCUGGCGACAUGCAUUACACAGCAGGAGGAUAUCCAUAGCCUCGAUGACUCGCUAACUCAAGUCCAAGGCCGCCUCCGGCAGCUAGAGCAGCGACCUGUCGCCGCCCCCGAUGCAAGCUCUUCCAACACCUCCAAUCGCCUCGAAGCAUUGGAGAUGGACGUUGGCUCCCUGAAGGACGGCGUGCAGUUGCGGCAGACCGCAACGCAACAGUUGGAAAAGCGGAUCUGUGAUACCGCCAACACCUCAAGUUCGGAACCGCGCGAGACAGCUCCAAAGUUUGACGGGCAGGAGAUCUUCUGCGACUCAAUGAAGACAGACCCGAUUCCAUGGUUCCGCAAGUUCGAGCUCACGCUGCAGCUACACAACGUCAAAGAACACAAGCACCACGCAUACUUAUACUCUCGCUCAGGGGGCGCGUGCCAGGCUUGGUUGGACAAUCUCUUGUCCAAUUACGGAGUGGUAGCUGUCGACUUGCACACCAAGAUCAACUGGGAUGAUUUGAAGGCGGCGUGGCACAAGCGGUUCCAAGUCGAGCCGUCGGAGAUCAAGGCUAUGGACAAGCUCAUGGUCUUCAAACAAGGCACGCUGCCGAGUACCGACUGGAUCGCCGAGUACCAACGCUUGACGCAAGGGCAAACAGGGAAACUGAGCACCGCCGAGAGUGACUCGACAACACUCUCGACGCCUUCGGAACCGGUUUCUUCGCGAGUAACCGGCCUUCAUUCCGAGGCGCAGGCGGAAGUCGAUAGUCCUCCUCAUCUAUUUUCUUUUGAGGACUAUGCUGCCCGGCUCGUUCCUACGCUGGGUACUCAAGCUCAAGGACAAGACGUGUGUGCGACAUCUUCUCCGUCCGGCAACGACGACUUAUCGUCUUCACGUGGUUCUUCACGGGAUUCGGCACGCGAGUCCAACAUAGAGGUAUUGGACCCGCUCAUGUCCAAGGACUUUGCAUGGCUUCCUCUCCCGACCACAGGCCGCUUGUCGGGACCGCAAUGCGCAGCACUAUGCGCUCAUCUCCACACUUACUUAUCCUUCUAUGCACCACCAACUUUGCCGACGGAUGACGAAGUCGCGGUGGGGGACAUCCUUGCGUAUACUACCAAGGUGGCCCGCGAGUUUCGCACGCAGCGGUACGAUGACAACAACGCACCGCUCAUGUAUGUCCGCAUUCAAGUUGGGCAAGCGUCCUGCAACGCUUUGCUGGAUAGCGGCGCGUCUCGCAAUUUCAUGAGCCAAUCCUUUACGCAAAGGGCUGGCCUUGGCGCACAAGUUUGGAGGAAGGCAAACCUGACGGCGAUCAAGUUGGCGGAUGGGAAAACGCAGCAACUUCUCGACCGAUACAUUGAGGCCGUACCGGUUUAUUUCGCACCUCAUGCAUGCGAACCGGUGACAUUCGAUAUUCUCGACACGGACUUCGACAUCAUUCUGGGAAUGCCUUGGCUUGCAAGUGCGGAUCACACAGUCAACUUCCACAGGCGGACUCUUAGCGUUUGCGACGCCUUCGGCGCGGAAGUGGCAUGUACUAUUCCUUUACCGCACCCUUCGAUUCGGUGUCAAGUGGUGACGGCCAAAUCAUUCAGGGCAACUUGCGCUUACGAGCAGCCCGAGGAGAUUGGCCUAUGUUUCCUACGGACCGUCGCGGUAGCGGACGCUUCACCCACGGGCUUGUCUUCGGACCCCCGGGAGGUGCGGUUGCUGGACGAGUUCGUCGACAUCAUCGAGUCACCUUCCGGUGUGGUGCUGGACCGGCCGAUCUCUCACGAGAUCAUUCUUAAGGCCGGUGUCGUGCCGCCGAAAGGUUGCAUCUAUCGGAUGAGCGAGGAGGAGCUUGAGGUCCUCCGCGCACAACUCGACGAUUUGUUGGCCAAGGGCUGGAUCCGCCCUAGUAGCUCCCCAUAUGGAGCACCGGUUCUCUUCGUCCGGAAGAAGAACAAGGAUCUACAAUUGUGUAUCGACUACCGCAAGCUCAACGUGCAAACCGUCAAGAAUGCGGGGCCUCUCCCUCGCAUCGACGAUCUUCUUGAGCGAUUGGGCGGCGCAAGGUAUUUUUCUAAGUUGGAUUUGAAAUCAGGAUAUCAUCAAAUCUCGAUCUGGUCGAAUGAUCGCUACAAAUCCGCGUUCAAGAUGUGGUACGGGCAUUUUGAGUGGGUGGUCAUGCCUUUUGGCCUCACCAACGCCCCGGCAACCUUUGAAGCGGCAAUGACCAACGAGUUUCGUGCAAUGUUGGACCGGUUCGUGCUGGUCUACUUAGAUGAUAUUCUCGUCUAUAGCCGGACAUUGGAGGAUCAUCUUGGGCAUCUUCGACGAGUGUUGGAGACGCUCCACUGCGCCAAGUACAAGGCCAACCGCGACAAGUGCGAAUUUGUCUGGCAAGAGCUGGAAUACUUGGGCCAUUUUGUCACACCGGAGGGCAUCAGUCCGCUAUCGGACAAGAUUCAAGCGAUCCAAGAGUGGCCGGAGCCUCGGAACGUCACAAAUGUUCGUUCGUUCCUUGGCCUCGCCGGCUACUACCAGCGUUUUAUCAAAGGCUACUCGAAGAUCGCAGCCCACUUGACCAAGCUUCAAUGCGAGGAUUGACCGUUUGACUUCGGAGAGGAGGCGCGGGAAUCAUUUUUGGCUCUCAAAGCCGCGCUAUUAUCUGCG